GCUUGAUCCGUGAUCUUCACUGUUAAUGACAAAAACACAACAAGAUCACAUCUUAAGCUCACUUCAUACCUCUCCGUAUACACCGAGUUGACGCCCACAGCGAGCGUCCAAUCAGGAAGCGACUUUCAGCGCUCUCGUCCAAUCAGAGCGAGGCAGAGCGCACAGGUGGGCGGGUCCUCGAGCAGCUCCAGAGAGAGACAUUGAGAUAGUUGAAGAGAGGAGGCUUGUUGGGCACGAAUGCCACUCGUUGCGCGCGUCCCUUAUAAUUUGGAGAGGUGUAUGCAGCGCACGGUCCUGUUCGCCUUUCCAGGUGGAAAUCCAGGAGGAGCUGAGACCAAACUUAACUGGGACGACUGGUGAACCCGGAUCAGGACAGGUCAUGGAUGAGAUUACGCAGCACCGUGCAGGAGGUUUAACGACAACCAGUUGAAGGAGUACCCACCUACCUACCUACCUACCUAAAGGGGAUAUUCAGACUUUUCUUUUUUGGAUUCACAUUAAAACUCGUUUUUUUAGUUGAUAAAAAAUCUGCAAUGAAAAGGAGUGAAAGUGGAGAGGAAUCAGUGAGAGUGCUGAUUUGAUUUGCAUGACCGUCGUCUCCAAGGAAGGAUACAGUGAAAAGACGUCGAGAUGAAGGAGAAAUCCAAAACGGCCGCAAGGACUAGACGGGAAAAGGAGAACAGUGAAUUUUACGAGCUGGCCAAAAUGUUGCCUUUACCGUCGGCCAUCACCUCCCAGCUGGACAAAGCCUCCAUAAUAAGACUGACAACGAGUUACCUGAAGAUGAGAAUUGUUUUCCCUCAGGGUUUGGGUGAGGCCUGGGGUCAUGCAAGUCGGACAAGAUCUUUGGACAAUAUUGGACGAGAACUGGGAGCUCAUUUACUGCAGACGUUGGACGGAUUCAUCUUUGUUGUGGCUCCAGAUGGGAAAAUAAUGUACAUUUCAGAGACAGCGUCGGUCCAUUUAGGACUGUCUCAGGUAGAGUUGACUGGGAACAGUAUUUAUGAAUAUGUCCAUCCUGCCGACCACGACGAGAUGACAGCUGUGCUGACGCCACAUCAGCCCUACCACUCACAUUUCGUCCAAGAAUAUGAAGCUGAGCGCUCUUUCUUUUUGCGGAUGAAAUGUGUGCUGGCAAAAAGAAACGCAGGCCUCACCAGUGGUGGAUACAAGGUGAUCCACUGCAGCGGCUACCUGAAGAUCCGUCAGUACAGUUUGGACAUGUCACCCUUCGAGGGCUGCUAUCAGAACGUGGGUCUGGUGGCCGUGGGUCACUCCCUGCCGCCCAGUGCUGUGACCGAGAUCAAACUGCACAGCAACAUGUUUAUGUUCAGAGCCAGUUUGGACAUGAAGCUCAUCUUCCUGGACUCCAGGGUGGCAGAGCUGACCGGUUAUGAGCCCCAGGACCUGAUAGAGAAAACCCUCUACCAUCAUGUCCACGGCUGUGACAUCUUCCACCUACGCUGUGCACACCACCUCUUGCUGGUAAAAGGCCAAGUCACCACUAAGUAUUAUCGUUUCCUGGCCAAGCACGGCGGCUGGGUCUGGGUCCAGAGCUACGCCACCAUCGUCCACAACAGCCGGUCCUCAAGACCUCACUGUAUAGUCAGCGUCAACUAUGUCCUCACGGAUACUGAGUAUAAGGGAAUGCAGCUGUCUCUGGACCAAAUGAGCCCCACCAAGCCAGCCUUCCCAUACGCUGACAGUCACAGUGAAGACAGGAAGAGCACCAAGGCACGUCUGACCCAGGCCAAGGCCAAAGCCAGAGUGUCACCCUACCCACAGCAGUUUUCAGCUUUCAAUCCAGAGCGUUCAGAGUCGGACCAAGACAGCCAGUGGGGAGGGAGCCCGCUGACGGACUCUGCAUCCCCUCAGCUGCUGGAUCCCGCUGAGGCUGCGGAGGCCUCUUGUGCCUACCGCCUGUAUCCAGACUCUGGCUCCCUGUGCUACGGCCUGGGUCUAUCAGAGGACGAUCUCGCCCAUGCCCAAACGCAUCCUCACACCACCACCUGCGACCGCGUGCGAUGCCAGAGCGGCCGCUACUUCCUCGGAACCCCCCAGUCUGGAAGGGAGGUGUGGUGGGACGCCACGCGCUCCGUGCUCUCGCUGCCAAAAACGUCCACGGAGAACAGUGAGGGCUACGAAAUCACAUCCUACCACGGAGCCAUUCACGGACGGGGCCACUGGGAUGAAGACAGUGUGGUGAGUUCGCCCGACGGAGGCGGGUCCACCAGCGAUUCGGGUGAGCGCUACCAUGGCGACCACUUCCGGGCGACCCCCCGAGAGCCCAGCAAGAUGGAGACCCUGAUCCGAGCCACGCAGCAGAUGAUCAAAGAGGAAGAGAGCCGCCUGCAGCAGCACAAGGCGCCGCUGGACGUCUCGGGCCUCGCCAAAGCCCACAGCCCGUGUUUCACCUCCUCGCUAUCGCACCACUCCCAGCUCGCCAUGCCCAGCGUGGUGUGCCGUGGUCCGGGAGCCCCCAGCAUUGACCUCCCCUCCGAGCGCCUCCACCACCAGGACGCCGUCAAAGUGCUCGGCCCGCACGACAACGACGAAAACACGACCAGCCCGGCGUCUCUGUCUCGCCUCAGCAGCCCCAGCUCUGACGGGAUCCCCAGGUCGGGUCUGUCGCUCACCAAAGACUACAUGCAGACGGAUCUGUCCCCCCACCCUCCACAGCCCCAGGGGAGCCCGCUGCUCUACGCGGCCCAGGAGAGGCAGCCUCUGGACAGGCAAGCAGCCUAUGCUUUGACUGGAUACUCCCUGGAGCACCUGUACGACCCGGAGAACCUGCGGAGUUACUCGGGCCUGGCCUGCGGAGGAGUCCAGUACGACGUGGCGUCCCAUGUGAGGAUGCAGGCCGAGCAGAUGCAGGGACACAAGGCCACCUCAGUUAUCAUAACCAACGGGAGCUGACGACAUCUGGUGCAGACGGGUCCUGUUCUCUAGAGGAGGAUGUUAUAGUAAGCUGGUGCUUUAUGCACACUGACCAGGCGGACUAUAUAAAAAAAGAAGAAAAGGUACCUGCACUGGGUUGAUGUGCCAUUGGUGGCCCAUUCAGCACAAUUUGUGUCUGUCAGCAUUUGUAUCAUACCAUUCUCUUUUCUUUAUCAUCGGAGGAUGAUAGGAACUAGUGUUGUUUGGUAUGUUACUUCACAGAGCGGAGGCUUGCUCCAUUACAUAGGAAUAUAGUGUUAUUUCAAUGGUGAACUGAAUUCCCCUCACUGCAAAGACGACCCAAGUUUUCAGUCUGGUUAAACAUCAAACCAGGGUUUCUGUUCCAAACACCUCACGCACCAUUGGCCAUGCGAGUUAAUCUGUCCUGGACACUAUUUCCAAAGGCAGUAAGAAAAUGUGUUGUUCCAUUGCCCCUUCACCUGAAAACUCCUUUGCGCAGAGCACAAUGCUUGACACGAGAAGUGCAACAUGGGAAAGUCUCACUAUUGUAAGAUGUCAAUGUUUCCUGGUAUUUAUUUGUCAGUGGGCUGUUUUCUGUAUGUGUCACUUUUGUUUUCUGUCCAAGUUGAAUCUUUAUUGGUCGCAGAAAAUUUGUUUUGGUGUUUGGAUUACACCAAUAUUAGAUUUAAAAAAAUGUAAUGAAGUGGAAAAACAGAAAGAAAAAAAAUGCUUCUGAUAUGUAAAAGUGUAUAAUAAGCAGGUCAACUUGAAGCUGUGUUAAUGUAUAUGUGAAAUGCCCUCACUUAGAGCGCAAAGAGAGAGCGUAAAAACACAUUAGUAAUCUCCCCAUGCCCUCUAAAUAUAGGCAUUGUAUGUAUCGACUUACAGUUGUGGCUGAAAUGAUAUUGUUUACAUAUCAGAGUAUAAUUUUUCCUGUUUUUACCCCCCCUUAACUGUUACCCAACUUGUUAGCAUAUGUAGAGUAUGCUUUUAAAUCCUGCUCCACAUGCAAUUGUUCGCAAAGAAAACCAUUUGUUUUUGUUUUUUGUCAUCACAGCCUAAAAGGGUUAAAAUAAUUGAGACAAACUUAUAAAAAUGUGUUGAAUGUCUUUAGUUUCUUAUUUAAUUUAUGAUGUAAAUAUCAUCUCACAAUGAACUUUUGAACAAGAAGUGACAAGAUUAUUUAUUAAUUGGUUUUAAAAAGUCUUAAAUCUGAAUACAG